AUGAACUACGUGACAAUGCGUUCUCUUUGCUUCAUAGUCAUAUCCACGUUAGCUAUUUUUUUAAUCGUCGGGUGUCAUGGCGAACAAAAACAGCCUGAUCCAGACUCGUAUGUGAGUCAGCUGAUCGCAGAUUUAUGGUUGGAAGGUGCUGAGGUCAUCAGGAUUAUAUGGCGAGAUUGUUCAAAGAAGCUGGUGGACGUGAAGGACGUGAUAGAUCACAAAGAAUACUUCCCGAAGUUCGUGAGAUGUAUGAAGAGGAAAACUCUAAGAGCUCUCGACCGGUCGUUGACCCCAGACGUGGUGCCUGUAGCCGAUGGGAUCAACUUGGUACGGUUCGAGCUUGUCGACCGAUCCGGCAAUGUUAUGCCUGAGAAUGAAACUAGUACAUGGACAGAAAAGGAGUUGGAAGAAGGAGAGUGGCGAACGCUAGCAGUCCAAAGAAUGGCCAAAGUUCUCAGAACUCACGUUAUCAAAUUCGACUUUGACGACGGAAAAAGUAUUGACAAAGUUGAAUACCGAGGUCGGCGCCGUCAUCAGAUGAUGACGAUGAUGAUGUUUGGCAUCGUUUCCAUCGGCAUGGUCCUCGUUCCUAUGGGCUUCCAAUUCCUCGCAGUUUUGGGAGGGAAAGCGCUCUUACUAGCUAAAAUGGCGCUCAUUCUUGCUUCUAUACAAGGACUUAAGAAGAUUGCUUCAAGUCCGGUGAACUACGGGUUUUACCACUCCUACCCUUACGACUACUACGAGAAGAGGAGUCGAGACGACUGGCCCCCACCUGGAAUCAUGCCUGGAACACCUCCACCUGCUCUAUCCGUCCACAACCCUUGGACAGACACAGAAAUCAUGAAACGAGACAGAAUUCACAUUGCCACUGAUAAAGAAAUGAAGUCUAAAGGUCCAGAAAUAGUUACGUGGAAACCCGAAGUUUCUAAAGCUGUCAAACAAGAAGCUGAACCAAGAUUAUAUCCAAUCUACGCUGGACCCUCAGACGUAUCUGGGCCAAUUUUUACGGCUAUUGAUGCACCGACCCCUCUAGCUGACUUGACCACGCAACCUGGAGAUGUGCAGGCCGAUUAUGCAAUCGAUCUGCCAUUCAAUCGAUUUCAUUUUCAAAGUCCCACUACUGUCGUUUCAGCUUGA